UUCGACCAAAGAGAGAACAAAGCAAUUUAUAAGCGACAAAACAAUAACAUUCAAAUAAACGUAUAAUGGCAAGAAUUUUCAUAGUGUGGUUUACUGUAAUAGCAGGAAUAUUUGUUUCUGCUAUUGCAAACGAGUAUUGUAAAAUCACAUGUAAAUUCGACGAUACGGUAUACAAACAUACGAUGUGCUUAUAUCCAUCACCAAACCCCGGACCAACAUGCGUAAAACCGCAUGAUCAAGGUUUCACCGAUGCUGAAAAAAACGCUGUAGUACAGAAGCAUAAUGAGUUGAGAAAAAAAGUCGCGUCUGGUAUGGAAACCAGGGGUAAUCCCGGUCCGCAACCACCGGCAGUUAAUAUGCCGGACUUGACUUGGGAUGAUGAAUUGGCGACGAUCGCGCAAAGAUGGGCCAAUCAGUGCACUUACGGCCAUGAUAAUUGUAUCACCGUCAAGAGAUUUAACGUUGGACAAAAUAUAGCUUACGAUCCCAAUCAUGACGCAACUGUAGAGAAAUUGAUUCAAAAAUGGUACGAUGAGGUAAAACUUCAUGAUCGAAAAACAGUCUCCAGAUUUCAAUUUGAUAUGAAAACUGGUCAUUACACUCAAAUAGUUUGGGCAGAUACGACAAAAAUUGGUUGUGGAAAAAUAAAAUAUACAGAUUCAAAAGGUUGGAUUGGACUUUACUUAGUUUGCAAUUACGGUCCAACCGGUAAUUAUAUCAAUAAGCCAAUAUACAAAAUUAAGAAGUAAAUUAAAUUAUCAACAACAUAUAAUGACAAGGCAACAAUAAAGCUAUAUACACGUGAUCUUUUAGCAAUUAUAAUGUUGUCUAUCAUAUAUUACUUUUAUCUCUCGUGCUACGAAAAACAAUAAAUGCAUGUUUUAUGGAACUAUAAUAAUCGGUAUAUAAAAUAAUACAAAA